GCCGCCGCGCAGCUCCGGGGCCGUCACUUUGUGUAGCGCGGGGCGCGCAGGCCCGGCCCGGCCCCGGCGUCCGGCGGCGGCUCUGCCCGCCCGGCGCGCGCGCGGCUGAGUGGAGGCUCUCCUCCAGAGAGGAUGGCAGCCCUUCGUACGACCCCGGACUCACCUGCCACGCAGCUGGCGAAGGCCGAGGAUGGGCUGGAAUGUGGUCCUGCUCAGGAGGAAGAAGAGGAAGAAGAAAAGGGGGAAGAGGUGGAGAUGGAGGAGGAGGAGGAGGAAGAGAUCAUAGUGGAGGACGAGGAGGAUCAGGCGGUGGUGGAGGAGGAAGAGGAGGAGGGGGAGCAGGCAGGGCAUGUGGAGCAGGUGGAGGUGGAGGAGGACGAGGACGUGGAGGAGGUGGUGGCAGAGGAGCAGAGUCUUACGUUGGGGACCCAGGAACGCCUUAGCCGCGGUGGUGAUGCUAAGUCCUCAGUUCUUCAGGAAAAGGCCUUGCAGGCCACCAGGGUUCGAGCCACACCUAGGGGUGAGGGCCUGGAAGAGGAGGAAGAGGACGAGGAGGAGGACGAGGAGGACGAGGAGGAGGAAGAUGAUGACGAUUCCCUGACAGCUGGGUCUCAGGGACUGGUGACCUUCGAGGAUGUGGCUGUGUACUUCUCGCUGGAGGAGUGGGAGAGGCUGGAUGCAGGCGAGCGGGACCUUUACAAGGAUGUCAUGCAGGAGAACUAUGGGAUCCUGGUGUCCUUGGGAUACCCAAUCCCCAAGCCGGAUCUGAUCUUCCGGCUGGAACAAGGGGAGGAACCCUGGGUUCCAGAUAGCCCCCGUCCUGAGGAAGGAGACAUUGUCACUGGCGUCUACACAGGGGCCUGGUUCUGGACCGACGAUAUCGAGGACCACGAGGAGGAGGACGACGAGGACUUCCUGGCGGAGGUGGCCGAGGAGGAGAACGAGCCCCCGGGGCUCUGGUCAGCGGCCUACGGCGUGGGGGACGUGCCUGGGACUUGGGGCCCCGAUGACUCGGAUUCAGCACAGACUCCGGAGGGGUGGGGUCCCGACCCUGGGGGUCUCGGGGUCCUGGCUGAGGGGUCCGAGGCGAAGCCCUUCCUGCCGGGCCGGGAGCCUGGCGCGAACCUGCUGGCACCCUGGGCCUUCCCUGCUACUGUGGCCACUCCAGUAGGGCGGCCCGAGACCACGUGCGACGUUUGCGGCAAAGUGUUCCCGCACCGGUCCCGGCUGGCCAAGCACCAGCGCUACCACGCGGCCGUCAAGCCCUUCGGCUGCGACGAGUGCGGUAAGGGCUUCGUGUACCGCUCGCACCUGGCCAUCCACCAGCGCACGCACACCGGCGAGAAGCCCUUCCCGUGCCCGGACUGCGGCAAGCGCUUCGUCUACAAGUCGCACCUGGUCACGCACAGGCGCAUCCACACUGGCGAGCGGCCCUACCGCUGCGCCUUCUGCGGUGCGGGCUUCGGGCGCCGCUCCUACCUGGUCACGCACCAGCGCACGCACACCGGCGAGCGGCCCUACCCGUGCCCGCACUGCGGUCGCAGCUUCAGCCAGAGCUCGGCGCUCGCUAGGCACCAGGCGGUGCACACGGCCGACCGGCCGCACUGCUGCCCCGACUGCGGCCAGGCCUUCCGCCUGCGCGCCGACUUCCAGCGCCACCGGCGCGGCGGCGGUUGCACGGAGCCCGGCGGCGACGGCACUCGGCGGGAGGUCUGCGACACGGUCCCUGCGGCGGUGCCCGAGGAGGCCGAGGCCGGGCCGGAGGGGCCGGAGGAGGCCGAGGCGGACGGAGAGGCCGAGGUGGAGACCAGAGAGGAGGCGGCGGCGGUGGCGCCCACCCCCGGGAGCAAGGAGGACCCUGAGCCGGACAGGCGGUUCCUCGAGCUGGGCAACGGCCUUGGGGAGGGCGAAGGCCCUUCCUCGCACCCACUUGGCUUCCACUUUCCCGUGCACCCCAAGUCCUGGCUCCACCCGGACGGCUUCCCGAUCCUGGGCCUCCCGGACUUCGGGGACCGGCUGUCGGGCGACGGGCGCCCCCUGCCGGGACCCCUGGGGGGCCGGCUCGCCUUGGUGGAGAGCGCCGGGCUGGCCUGCGACCCUUUCGGCGGCGGCGGGCCGGGGAGCGGCGGCGGCGGCGGGCUCCGCGCGUUCGCGCCGGCCGUCGGGGGACUGCUGGCCGAGCCGGCACCCGCCGCGCUGGCGGAGGAGGAGAGCCCGUGGAUCUGCUCCGACUGCGGCAAGACUUUCGGGCGCCGCGCGGCGCUGGCCAAGCACCAGCGCUACCACGCGGGCGAGCGGCCGCACCGCUGCGCGGACUGCGGCAAGAGCUUCGUAUACGGCUCGCACCUGGCGCGCCACCGCCGCACUCACACCGGCGAGCGGCCCUUCCCGUGCCCCGAGUGCGGCGCGCGCUUUGCCCGCGGCUCGCACCUGGCGGCGCACGUGCGCGGCCAUACGGGCGAAAAGCCCUUCGUGUGCGGCGUGUGCGGCGCGGGCUUCAGCCGGCGCGCGCACCUGACGGCGCACGGGCGCGCGCACACGGGCGAGAGGCCCUACGCGUGCGGCGAGUGCGGCCGCCGCUUCGGGCAGAGCGCGGCGCUGACACGGCACCAGUGGGCGCACGCCGAGGAGAAGCCACACCGCUGCCCCGACUGCGGCAAGGGCUUCGGCCACAGCUCGGACUUCAAGCGGCACCGGCGCACGCACACGGGCGAGAAGCCCUUCCGCUGCACCGACUGCGGCCGCGGCUUCGCGCAGCGCUCCAACCUGGCCAAGCACCGGCGCGGCCACACGGGCGAGCGGCCCUUCCCGUGCCCCGAGUGCGGCAAGCGCUUCUCGCAGCGCUCGGUGCUCGUCACGCACCAGCGCACGCACACGGGCGAGCGGCCGUACGCCUGCGCCAACUGCGGCCGCCGCUUCUCGCAGAGCUCGCACCUGCUCACCCACAUGAAGACGCACCGCAGCGCGGCGGGCGCGCCCGGCUCGGCGGGCGCGGCUCCCGCGUCUAAGGCCGAGGCGCCCGCCAAGGGGCCGCCAGGGGCGGGCAGCGGGCCCGGGGAGCGCGGCAGCACCCUGCUGGAGUUCGCGGGCGGGACGAGCUUCGGCUCCGAGCCCACGGCCGCCUUCGCGGGGCCCUCGGGCGCCUACGAGGAGAGCAUCCUGUGAUGGGCCGAGGCCGACGGAGGCGGAGCCCUCUGGGCCGCCGGCCCCUUGCUCCUCUGUCCCCGGGGUGCUGAGGGCCCCAGUCCUGGUGCGGUGCCUUCCCCUCAGCCCCCGGCGCACCGCCCCCACCCCGGCCUUGGGCGCCCCUCCUGCCCGGCCCCGAGGAAACCGGAUCGCCAAGCCCGUCCGGCCGUGCAGGGGGCGCGCGGGGAGAGGAGAGCCGCGCGCGGAGGAGGCGAGGGCUGGGGGCGGCUACCCCGACCAAGACUGCGGCAUCCCUGGGUCUGUGCUGUGAAGCCAAGCGGUAGGGAUGGCGGGCGAUGUUAUUUAUUUCACUCGGAUUCCGAUUUGGGUGGCCCCGGGGGACCGGCGCCCGAUGAGUUUGUGAGCGGGUUGUACAGCGAGGGAGGGGAUGCCCUUGCGUCAAGGGGAGGGCGGGGUGGUCGAGGCAGAGCAUCCGGCUCCUCCUCCCGUGGGUUUGGCUGACGACUUCUUCCAUUCCUCAGUGAGAGACUUCAGGGCCUUCUGGUCAUUUGAGUGUGUCCGGGAAGGUUUAGGGACUGCGCGUGGCUAAGGGGAAGCCCUAUGGGUUUCCAGAGGACGAUGUUCCUCCCUACCCGGGAGGCAGACAUGCAGCUGGGAAAGCUUUUAUUCUGUCUACUGUGGAUAUUUAUUUCCAUCUCUUGUGUGGCCAGAAGAGUCUGGGAGGAGAAAACGUCUGAAACCAAAUUUGUGGCCCCAGGCGGGGUUGCAGGUGUUCGCAGGGGCCUGAGGGAGUUUGAAGCCUUGUUCUGGGGGAGAGUCACCCACUCUCCCCACCCCACUUGAGCACCCAGAUCAGGCAGGCACUCGUGUUGCCGGGUGGGUUUUGGUCUCAGCCUCCUCUUCGAGCCCUUUGGUCCCCCCUCCCCGACACCCGGAGGCGGCACACUCAGAGAUCCUUGCAGGGCUCUUUGAUGGUCGCUGCGGCCCCAGCCUUCAGCUGCCUGGGCUGUCACCUCCCCUGGGGCAAGUGGACACACGGGCCCCUGCCCUCUGAGCCCAAUGCUUCUUUAUAAUUAAUAACCAACUGUAAAGCGACAGGUCGGCAGCAAAUCAUUUCUCACAUCCCUUUGGGCCUGGGGCCCUUUAACUCUGCUUCUGUCAUUAUUCUAUACUAGAAGCAAGUAGUGUUUCAGUUUAGAAUCCCAUUUCACAAGAUGGACAGUCUGCACAGUGGCAGUCCACCUCUGGGGGGUGUGGACGUGAGCCUGUGGCUCAGUGACAAGCCAGGCACCCAGCUAUGCAAGGCCCGCACCUGGUGGGCCCCCCACCCUCCGGGUUGGGCCAUUGGGAGCCACUGGGCAGGCAGCUGAAGUGUGGCUCGUGUGAGAUCCCUCUCUCCCAUCUUGCCUUUUGGGCCAAUGUGAGUGGGGCCAGAAAACAGACUCUGAAGCAACUGCAUUCCCUUUUAGACCUAGUUCCUUCUGUUUUAGUGUAGGCACGGCCUUGGGGUCUGAGAGCCAGCGGCCAGGCUGCCGGGGCUGGGGGCGGG